GCCCGGACGGAAUACUAGCCGAGAUGCUGCAACCUGCAAGGUCUGCUGGCUGCGAACAGGUGGACCCCGACCUGGGGGCCCAGCGCGUGCGCGUGCGCGUCAAGUUCCAAAAACUCUUGUGUUCCCGGCUCGGCACGGGAAGAACUACAUCAGGGGGGCACCGCCACGUUCUGACAUCGGACGAACUGGGGGAUUGCGGCACCCAGGUCCCAGACAAAGGCAAGAAAAAAAGGGGACGCGCGGGGGGCUCAGGCAGCCUGGGGUAGGUUAGGUAAUCAUGGAGGGCAGAUCAUUCAUGCGACAACCUCAACUGCAAGAUCUGCCCCUGGGUAACGCGAGGGGAGGCCAAGGCUUUUCCUGCGUGCGUGCGGGUGUAGGUGUAACAAGUCUACGUACAAGUUGCGUAUUGUGUACGUUCACAAGCAGCUUCCAGAGUCGGGUUCGGGUACCACCUCGCCUACCUCGCUUCGGUCUCAUAACCCACGGGCCGCAUAACUCUGCAGCCUCGCUCGGAUGGAUUAAUGACCCCAAGAAGCUCCUCCUCAUCAUGGCUUGGUUUCGUCGACGAUUUCGACCAGUCCUGCAAAUCCCCUGUAGCUUUCUUCAUGAUGGCGCUUCAAGACCUGCUUGGACCCAGAAGGACCUUACCGGCGUCGUCGACACCUUUUCAGCUGCCAGCACCAAAGGACUCAUCAGACGCACCCGAGCUCUAAUCUUCCUGCUUCGAGCAUCCACCUCACUGCGGCCCACCCUCUUCCAAUCAAAAGCGCACAUCUCAAUGAAGCACUCGGGAAAGAUGUCGUUGAAUGAGUACACUAAUACUCACCACGAUAUCUAUAAAUAUAUAUAAACGCAUAAUACACAUUCUCCCCCUUCCCCCCUCCUCCCCUCUUCGUUCCGGAAAAACAGGCGUUGGUUCAGGAUUUACAUACACAAAUACAUCAUGGGAAAGGCAUCCAUUCAUCCAUUCAAUGGCACUUGGAAAUUGGAAUACAGAAAAUUCAAAGGGGGGUUGGUUGACUCA